CCCCUUCUGCGGUCCCUCUUCUAUCCAUUCACUCUCACUCUUUCGUUACCUUCGUUUCAUUCAUUUCCCGUAACACCCUUCCUCUCUUGAAUUCCAAAUCUCCCUUCUUCUUCUCCACCAACCAUUUCCCCCUUUUUUUCGCUUCCCUCCUCUUCCAACCACUCCAACAAAUACCGAUUUCGCUUCUCUCUCUCUCUUUCUCUCUUUCUUCCUCUUCAUUCUCUUCGAAAUUAAGCUUAGAUAGGGUUAGGUUUUCGGUGAAAAUAUGAGGUUGAGGGAGAACGACGACGGUGGUGAGAAAGAGGAAGUGGUGGAGAAUGAUGUCACCCUGGCCCAAAAUCAAUGGUGUCCGGUGGUCAAUGCGGGGUUUUCGUCGCCCAAGAGACUGGUUGUGGUUGGUUAUGCUCUUACUACUAAAAAGAUUAAGAGCUUUUUACAGCCUAAGCUUGAAGGUUUAGCUAGGAACAAGGGAAUACUAUUCGUGGCUAUUGACCAUAAUAGGCCCCUUUCAGAUCAAGGUCCUUUUGAUAUUGUCUUGCAUAAGUUAUCAGGGAAAGAGUGGCGCCAGGUUCUUGAGGAUUAUAGGCAGUCACAUCCUGAGGUUACAGUUCUGGACCCUCCAGAUGCCAUACAACACUUACGCAACCGUCAGUAUAUGCUUCAGGCUGUAGCAGAUAUGAACCUUUGUGAUUCCUAUGGCAUCGUGGGUGUUCCUCGGCAAUUAGUUAUCAAGAGAGAGGCAUGCGCUAUUCCAGAGUUGGUCAACCAAGCUGGCUUGACUUUACCCCUUGUUGCAAAGCCACUAGUUGCCGAUGGAAGUGCAAAGUCACAUGAAUUAUCCCUUGCUUAUGAGAAGUUUUCCCUUCAAAAACUUGAACCUCCUCUUGUUCUUCAGGAAUUUGUCAAUCAUGGGGGUGUUCUCUUCAAGGUUUAUAUAGUUGGUGAUGCUAUAAAGGUAGUAAGGCGGUUUUCAUUACCUGAUGUUAGCAAGUGGGAACUCUCCAAAGAUGCUGGGAUAUAUAAUUUUCCAAGGGUUUCGUGUGCUGCAGCUUCGGCAGAUGAUGCAGAUCUGGAUCCUACUGUCGCUGAGCUUCCUCCAAGGCCAUUACUAGAGAAACUAGCUAAGGAACUUCGAUGGCGAUUGGGUCUUCGUCUAUUCAACCUGGAUAUUAUCCGUGAAUAUGGAACAAGAGAUCACUUUUACGUCAUCGACAUAAAUUACUUCCCUGGAUAUGGCAAAAUGCCUGAGUAUGAACACAUAUUUACUGAUUUCCUGUUGAGCCUGGGGCAGGGGAAGUACAAGAAAAGAUCAGGCUAAAAUAAAUCCUUUUAGCCCUUUGAUUUAUGUCCUCUCACAGCUUUUGCUGUGCCAUGGAAGUUCAGGGGAAAAUAAUUACGAAGAAAUGUGUUUGGGAAGAUGGACCUGUACAGAACAACUUCUGGUAAACUUGUCUUCCCUUCUAAAGUAAGGAAUGUUAUGGCUGAUGACCGAAGGGAUGAAUUUGACGGGACCUCAGUGGGUAUGACCAUAAGUUGACGGAUUUCAAAUGUACUGACCGUUCUUUGCUGUAUAUAUAGAAGGCCUAAAAAUACUUUACAGUAGGGAAUCUAGACCAAAUUGUAGUUCAA